AAGGCCCGAGAGGGGCGAUAAAGCCCGCGAGCCCAUCAUCACACAUCAAGCGUCGCCUCUAAUUCUCUCUCUAAAUCUUAACGUUUCUUUCUCUCUGUAUAUAUACAGAUAUACAAUACUAUAAAUAUAUAAGGAGCAGGAGGAUCGUAAAUCGUAAUGGGUGGGCGGUAAGUAAUCCAUUAGGAGGCUCUCUCUCAUCUUUAUACCCAUAAACAACUAUUCAGGAUAUACACAUUCUCUCUCUAGUCUCUAUAUAUAUUGUCUAUAUAUAUAUAUAUAUAUAUAUAUAUAAGCAACCCUUUGCAGAGAGUUUGAAUUUGUAGUAGAACAUUGAUGUAUAAUAAGAUAGAUUUGAUUAAGAAGAGGGGUUUGUUGAUUGGAUUGAAGAGAGAUAUGGGGGCGUAUGAGCUCGUCAAAGGGGUGGAGGAGCGGGGGAUUUCGGAUCUGGAGAACGGGCCUGUUCGGGUUGACGAUAAGGUCGCCGACAUUGACGAUGUUGAGUCGGGGAAGCUUCAAACGACGACGGCGGAGACCCAUAAGUCCGGUGGCGGAGACGGCGGGCGCAACACCAGGAAGGCUGCCGCCGGCGCCGGCGCUGGAAAAGGCCGUGUUGCCUCCCUCGACGUGUUUCGCGGAUUCACUGUCGCCUUAAUGAUACUUGUGGAUGAUGCUGGCGGAAUUUUACCUGCUAUCAAUCAUUCACCAUGGAAUGGUUUAACAUUAGCAGAUUUUGUGAUGCCAUUUUUCCUCUUUAUGGUUGGAGUGUCCCUUGCUCUUGCAUACAAGAACUUAACUUCCAGAGUUAUAGCAACUAGAAAAGCAAUAUUUCGAACACUGAAGCUACUGUUAUUGGGUCUUUUUCUCCAAGGCGGUUUUUUUCAUGGUCUUAACAGUUUAACAUAUGGAGUGGACAUUGAACAUUUCAGAUGGACGGGAAUACUGCAGAGAAUUGCAAUAGCAUAUUUGCUGGCAGCGUUAUGUGAGAUUUGGCUCAAGGGCGAGGACAAAGUUGACUCAGGAUUAUCUUUGCUAAAGAAGUAUCGAUUCCAAUGGGCUGUGACUUUUGUGCUUACUACCUUGUACCUAUCCUUGUUAUACGGAUUGUACGUCCCUGACUGGGAGUAUCAAAUUUCAAAGGAAACCUCUGCUUCGGCUUCGGGGACAUUCUCAGUCAAAUGUGACGUACGGGGAGACACUGGACCAGCUUGUAAUGCUGUUGGAAUGAUUGAUCGUAAAAUUUUAGGUAUUCAACAUUUAUACAACAGACCAAUCUAUUUGAGAACGAAGCAAUGUAGUAUCAAUUCCCCAGAUUAUGGUGCACUUCCUCCUAAUGCUCCUUCAUGGUGUCAAGCUCCUUUUGAUCCUGAAGGACUUCUGAGUUCACUGAUGGCUAUUGCCACUUGCUUGGUUGGUUUGCAUUAUGGACACAUUCUAGUCCAUUUCAAGGACCACAAGAUUAGAGUUUUGCAGUGGUCGAUUCCAUCCUUUGCUCUCCUAGUGUUGGGUGAGGCCCUUGAGCUCUUUGGAAUGCAUAUAAACAAGGUUCUGUACACAUUGAGUUACAUGUGCGUUACAACUGGUGUUGCUGGCAUUGUUUUUGCUGGAAUAUACAUACUGGUUGAUGCAUAUGGAUGUAGGCGCCCAACUAUUGUAUUAGAGUGGAUGGGGAAGCAUGCGUUGGUGAUUUACACUCUCGUUGCCUGCAAUAUCAUACCAAUUUUUCUACAGGGAUUCUACUUGAAGCGGCCUGGAAAUGAUAUUCUUAGAUUAAUUGGAAUUGGGCAUAAGAAGUAGCAGAGAAACUUUUUGCUUAUGCUUCCUAUUCUGUUGAUAGAUUUUAGGCCGAGGAACUUGUACCACGCCAUCUGUUGAUAGAUUUUAGGUCGAUGAACUUAUACCAUGCCAUUUAAGUUCAAGUUUGACGAGAGCUUCAGGAGAAGAUAGGAUAGAGUUUUUAGAGUUGGGUAUAUGUACAGGUUGAAGCUAAUGAAUGUUCUCUCUGUUUUAGGACACUAGAGCUGAUGUACAUAGUUAAAGCAAUGGAAGAUUCAUGGUUAUUGGAAUAUCUUCAUCUUAUUUUUGGAAUGCUUUUAUGUAACGACUUUAUUCUUAAUUUUAUUCUGAAAUCAAUCAGAUCCAAUUUGUACACAA